GGACUGGAACUCCUCGCGCGGUACUCUACUGGUAUACAAGACGAACGAUUCAGGGAGGGGGAGGGACAGGGAAGCCUCAAGGAGGCUAGAGCCGAACACCGGAGAAAAGAAGCCAGUCUCUACUCGAAUCGGAGAGGAAACGCGGUCAAGAUCACUGGUGUGGUGGUGACCCAUCGUCUCGAACCAGCUGAGAGGCUGUUACUUCGAGUUCCUCGAUCUGGAGUACCCAAAACAAUUUGCCUUUCUUCGGAAUACAACGUUAUUUCCUCGCAAGGAUGUAGGCUAGUAGCUUGUUGUCUUCAUCGGCGCAUACGAACAGGAGAAUCGCUGGGAAUCCAAGCGAAGAGCCAUUUUCUAAUAGACCUCGCAUUGUUAAACUCCCUUUAUGGUGGUCUUUGCAUCGUCGCGAGACUGUUCCCUCCCAACUGGUCAUGCGUUUUGUUGUCGCGUCGCGCAACUACUGGUAGUAUAGCCAACCACUGCGCCCGAAUCCACGUAUCGAACGCUUUUUUAAGGAGUUGAUGUUUUAUUACAAAGUAACAAAGAUAACGGGGAUGAAACUGCAACAGUUACAGUUUUCACCUCUGUGAAAGCAAGUCGACGUCCAUCUUUCUCUUUCAUAGCUUACUGGUCGAAGCGCAGUGGAAGCCUAGCCUACCUCUUUUCUCCAGGUUUGUUUUCACCGUGGCCAGUUCACGACUGUAAACUAUAGGCUAGCUGGUCUUUUGAACCAAAAUAAGUUAAUCUUGAGAUUGUCUUUUUGCUGCAGCCAAAACACUGUCAAUUAGCUUGUUCUCCAAAGUAGUAGAUAAUUCACGACUUUGCCUUUUUAGAAGAAAAGGGAUGUUUGUUUUUGUUGGACAAUACAUGCUCGAUUUACAAUAUUAAUGUACACCUAGACCUAUUUAAAUGAUUGAAAGGGUGAUUUGUGUGGAUAGGUUACUGUUAGACAUUGCUUAUCUCAUUAUUGCAGGGGAGAACAUAAAUUAAAUGUGAAUAAUUUGUAGACGCCAGAAAUCUAGGCCUACAAGUUCGUGGUAGGUGACCUGUGUUUUUAGGCUAUUUCCCUCCCCUCCCCCAACAAAGUCUAGGUGAGCCUUCGUUUCUUUCAACACCUUUUUUUUCUUAUUUGAAACACUUUGAAAUACCAACCGCUCAUAAACAUCAGGAAAUCCCACGUCACAACAUUCCUAUUUGGAUACCACUGAUUCUAGACAACCCAGCCGAACUCAGACACUGAAUUUGAAGUCACCAUGGACACGGGCAUGGACGAUCAGACCCACAUGAUGUCCGGUGCUAUUGGACUCGGUGGGAUCUCGCGAACCGACGCUGUUGACCUGGGUAUAUCACGGAAGCUCGAGUACCAGGGCCAGCAGCCUCGGGACAUUGGCGAUAUCCUGCAGCAGAUCAUGGGCAUCACGGACGAGAGCCUUGACGAGGCCCAAGCCAGGAAGCAUGCGCUGAACUGCCACAGAAUGAAGCCGGCCCUAUUCAGUGUUCUGUGUGAGAUUAAAGAAAAGACAGUUCUCAGCAUGCGCGGCGCGCAGGAGGAGGAGUCGCCGGACGCCCAGAUCAUGCGAUUGGACAACAUGCUGCUGGCGGAGGGCGUGUCCGGCCCGGAGAAGGGCGCCGCUGCCGCCGCCGCCGCCGCUCUAGCCGCCGCCGGGGAGUCGAUCAACGACAACAGCGCCGAGCACUCGGACUACCGGGACAAGCUGGCCCAGAUCCGGCAGAUCUACCACUCGGAACUGGAGAAAUACGAACAGGCCUGUAACGAGUUCACCACCCACGUGAUGAACCUGCUGCGGGAGCAGUCGCGCACGCGGCCCAUCUCGCCCAAGGAGAUCGAGCGCAUGGUGGGCAUCAUCCAGCGCAAGUUCAGCUCCAUCCAGAUGCAGCUCAAGCAGAGCACCUGCGAGGCCGUCAUGAUCCUGCGCUCACGCUUCCUCGACGCCAGGAGAAAGCGGCGUAACUUCACCAAGCAGGCCAUCGAGGUGCUGAACGAGUACUUCUACUCCCACCUGGCCAACCCCUACCCCAGCGAGGAGGUCAAGGAGGAGCUGGCCAAGAAGUGCUCCAUCACCGUAUCACAGGUGUGUAACUGGUUUGGGAAUAAGAGGAUUCGCUACAAGAAGAACAUCGGGAAGUAUCAGGAGGAGGCCAACCUGUACGCAGUCAGGACCGCCGUGGAUGCAACCAACACCUCAACACACAGCAGCCAAGCCAGCUCGCCGCACACACCAAACUCAGGCGGAUACCCAGCACCCUGUUACACACCUGAUGGGCGGUUAUGAGACCCUGCCCACUCACUCGGCCAAUCAUAAUGACAGUUGCAGCAACUGAUCUCCGACACUCCGACACACACACACACACACACACACACACAGUCACAGUCAUUAGGUUGUGAGGAGGUGAAGAGGAUGGAUAUGUCUUUAUACUGUAUUCUCAGAGUGAUUCUGUUUCUUUUGUCUCUUUUAAAAAAUAUCCUCUUUCUCCUCAUUUUAUAAUACAUAAUUUAAUCACGUAGCCUAUGUAGAAUAGCUCUUUGGUUCUUACACACCCCCACUGACUGGUGAACCAGGAGGUAUCCACACAAGGACCGACGCAGGAUCAGGAGGCUCACAGAGGGGGGCACUGGUGAUGUGGACUCCUCAUGUUACCAUGAAAACACAUUAAUAAAGAAAAAUCUGAA